GCGUGGCCGGGUGAGCUGGAUUAGGAGGGGCGGACGGACUGGCUGAGCCGUUGGUAGAAACGGAGGAACCAUGAGCCAACAGGGAGCGGCGCUGCAGACCUACAACAACGAGCUGGUGAAAUGUAUUGAAGAUCUCUGCAGCAAAAGAGAUGAACUGAACCGUCAGAUCCAACAGGAGGAGGAGGAGAAGAACAAGCUGCAGAACGACAUCCGUAUCCUCACCGAGAAGCUCUCCAGAAUCAACGAGAGCCUCGCCAGGAAAAUGGCGUCAAGAAAUGAGUUUGAUAAAACCAUUGCAGAAACGCAGGCCGCAUACAUGAAGAUUCUGGAAAGUUCACAGACCUUACUGAAUGUCUUGAAGAGGGAGGCGGGCAACCUUGGGAAAGCCACUGAAGUGCGAGGAAACGCCCCCAGCACGUGACCUGGAGACUGGGUGUUUAUGGGACUAGCGGAUGAGACGACACAGUUUGUGUAUUAUAGUAUUUUUAUAUUGAGCUGUAAUGUAAUAAAGAGGGCGGAGCCUGCAGUGGUGAUUGGGAUCCCGGUCCAUUCUCAG